AUGUCGUGGGGCGCGCCGACGGCGCCGGCGAACCCGAACGGAGACUUUACGGUUGCGAACCCGCCGAGCGAUGGGAUCUCCUCGCUCGAGUGGUCGCCGGUGGGGAACUUUUUAGUGGCCACGGCGUGGGACGGCGACGUGUACUGCUAUGAGGUGGCGCAAAAUGGCCAGGCGAUGCCAAAGGCGUCGACGAAACACGAGGCGCCGGUGUUGUGCAGCGCGUGGUCAGCGGACGGCGCGAGCGUGUUCGCCGGGGGCUGUGAUAACAUCGCCAAGAAGUGGGAUUUAGCGACGCAGCAAUCGACGCAAGUGGCGGCGCACGACAGCGCGAUCAGACACAUGGCUUGGAUUCAGGAGGUUAAUCUCCUGGUCACCGGUUCGUGGGAUCGCACGCUGAGGUAUUGGGACACGCGACAACAAAAUCCCGCGCUCAAGGUGCAGCUUCCGGAGCGAUGCUACGCGCUCGACGUCAAGCAUCCGCUCCUUGUGGUUGGAUGCGCCGAAAGGCAGAUUCAAAUCUUCGAUCUGAAUAGACCGGAUGUGGCGUACAAGAACGUCAUGUCACCACUUAAAUACCAGACUCGGUGCGUGGCAACGUUCCCAGAUCGCUCGGGCUACCUCGUCGGGUCCAUCGAGGGACGCGUCGCGGUGCAACACGUCGAGGACAACCUGCAAAGUAAGAACUUUACGUUCAAGUGCCACAGAGAAGGCACGCAGGAUAUCUACUCGGUGAACUCCAUAUCUUUCCACCCGACAUUUGGAACCUUCGUUACCGCUGGCGCAGACGGAAAUUAUAACUUCUGGGACAAGGAUAGCAAGCAGCGCCUGAAGAACAUGAACAAGUGCCCUGCGCCGAUUUCGUGCGGCAACUUUAACCGUGACGGGACGAUCUACGCCUACGCCGUGUCGUACGAUUGGAGCAAGGGCGGCGAUAACCCACUCUCUAACACGCCGAACAAUAUUUACUUGCACGCUGUGCAAGAAACUGAGGUCAAACCGCGCGGAGCGAGGACCGGUAUUGGGCGUCGUUGA